AUGUCUUUGCUGCACUAUUAUGAGACGCAGCGAUCCACCAAACGCAGGAAAACAUCGGACGAGAAGGUUGAUCUGGAUAGCAAUGCGAGCGAUAAGCCACCACGAAGCCCCAGUCCGUCCACAGGGGCGGUGGAUACGCCUCCAGUCGACGAGGCUGAACACCCGCUUAUGAGUAGUCAAACUGAACUGGAGACCUCGUUGCCAGAUAUUGAGACGGACGAACAGGCAAUUCGGGAAUAUGAGACAUCACACGCCGCGGAUGAUGCGGAGUCAGGCUUGCAUGUAAGAUUGCGUGAUGGCGUCUGGAAGAAGGGUAAGAGCUCCAUCUAUGUUGAUGCUUUCAACUUGGUGCUUGAGACCGUGCUGGAGGAAGAACCGCACCUCUUUAGUGAGGCCGAGAUGGAGGUGUUUACGCAGUGGAAGGACUUGUCUUAUGAGUCGCAGUAUCUAUAUGUGCGACUUUUCUUGCGCAAGACCUCCGCAUGGCAUCGAGUCAAUCGACUGGGCUACUAUUCCGAUAUAUCCGACUUGUCUGCAGUAGCUGUUGAUCUUCAGUGCGACCGAACACUACCCAAGGCUGAAGAUCAAGACCAUAAUAAACUGGAUUUGGCUGGGAGCUUUCGGUUUGCCGACGGGACAUCAGAGAUCAAGACUCUGGAAGAGGCAUCAUCACUUUUAUUGCUUGAUGAAUUGAAAGGUUUUGCCAAGGAAGCCAAGGUGCAGGGCAAGAACAAGAAAGAGCUGCUGGCAGCUCUAUGCGAGACCAGCCAGACACAAACAGGCCUCGGGUUCAAGAACGAGGCAGACACCAACUCAUCUGAAAACAGAGAAAGUCAUUUCUUGGAAAAGAUCCUGGAUUACACGGGUGAUUGCAUUCGGCUCUGCUCUGGACCUCGUACUCUAUUUGAGCGGGUGCAUUUGGUCUUCUAUAGAUCAACUGAGUGGACUGAGAAAUCACUCACGACUAUCAUUCUAGCGAAGAUCUCGCGGAGAAAGUUCCCUGAAUAUAUCGUAUGUCGAUCAAAGUCCAUUUUUCCAUCCAGGGCAGUCCUAUUGGAAUUCGAAGCUGCUCUACGGACCCAAUUUGCCAUUGACAACAUCCUGGAGUUCAAUGGCCCUGUGAGCACAGAGUCAUUACAAAACAUCAUUGAUCUCGCAGAAAAGUUUUAUCCUCGAUGGCAGGAACUAGCCAAAGAAGAACAGCAGAAAGAAGAUUCCAUCUACGACAGCGGCGAGGGUGCUUAUCUGCGCCGGUUUUCUCCCGCAUGGGUCUACACACGAAUCAUCCAUAAAAGCCUACAUCCAUUGGGUCGAUUCAAAGAACACAAACGGGAGCAUGAAGUCAUCACUGAGCUCCUCGACCAGCGUCUAUUUCACGCUGCCCGUCGUGGCGCCUGGUAUCAGCGUAAAGCACUCCUAGAAGAGCACUAUAUGUGGGCUUUGACACCAUCAGAAGAGCGAAAUGAAGAAAAGCAACGCAAGUUCUGGAAACGAAUUGCGUUGCGAACGUGUGAGGAAGGACUGGAAGAUCCACUCUGCCACUUGAUAUACCACUACGAUCUGCAAAAACGUAUAACAAAGCUUGAAAGAGCCCUAAAAGUCGUUAAGCGAGAACAGCAUGAUUUCGGCCAUGUGAUGCUGAGCAAACCGGCUGAACGGACGAUCGAGGGGAUCCGUAUCGAGCGGGAUGAACUCGCGAAGAAGGGGAAAGCUACAAUAUGGAUUGACGAGAGGGAAGGUGGUGAGUGUCGAGUGGAAAGCAUGUGCUUAAGCUGGUACCGUGAUCACGGCUGGAAAGGAUAUCAUUCCGAAGGAGGCAUUGUUCGAACUCUGUUCGGAAUCCUCUUCUACGAUAUCCUAUUUACUUACGUCCCUAACGUCUUCCAAACACCAUUCCAAACCUGUCCCCUCGAUCUCCAUACAGACGUCUUUUACCCGUCUCGGGCAUCAGAGAUAAACCACCGACUAGUCGAGAUUACAAAUGGCGACGCAGAGCGUAUCAUUCAAGAGGUUCAUACUCGUGAAGGAGCUGCCCAGCCCUGUGCUAUUGGCAUUGACUGGUCAUUUGAGCUAGAGGAUCUGCUUGAGAUUGGGCGGUGUUUUCGAGGUGAGGCACUGGCUACUAUCUGUAAGGUCAUGGCACAGGAGUACCAACAGCGUGGUGGUGGUAUCCCCGAUCUCUUUCUGUGGAAUCCCGAGACGAAGAUUGUCAUGUUUGCGGAGGUCAAGUCUGAGAAUGAUCGCUUGAGUGAUACACAGCGGUUAUGGAUACAUAUUCUUCUUUCUGCUGGGGUUCAGGUCGAACUGUGCAAUGCCGUUGCGAGGGAAGUGAGGACGGAAUAG